UUUCAUCCAGGGCUGCACUGGACAAGACCGUCAACUUAUAGUAUCACCAUGGUACGAUCAGACGAGCCAUUUGGACAGGUCAAAUGGCCAAUGAGCCACGCCGCUGGGUACUCCAGACCUAGAUCUGGGGUUCACACGAGGGCGCGUGGCCUAGAUCGUGGAGAGCAUGAGGGAUUGUGGAGUCUCCAGAGAGCGACACUCCCCGAUGGCCCCCCUUGGCAUGAGUCGCAUCUCGAUAGCGCCCUCCAUCAUUGCGCUAACUUGGAAUACAAUGUGGGGUCGAAAGCGACACUCCGCGAUCUAUAUAUCACUUCCCUAGCUUCCCCAGUCAACCUAGCACCGACAUUCCCCGACCUCACCAUCGACGACACUGUCGAUUGUCGGCCCAGCUCGACUCAAAAGGAAGUAUUCAGUCAAGCAUGGUAGACGAUCAAGAGCCUGGAGGCCGUCCUGGCAAGCGACCUGCAGCGCGAGGCACGGCCUUUUACCCUCGCAAGCGCGCCAACACGGCCUGCCAAGUCUGUCGAGCUCGCAAGACGAAAUGCGACAACAGGAAACCCAGCUGUUCCUACUGUCUGUCUGUCGGGGCUACGUGCAUACAGUCAACGACGGAUCUGUCCAGCUUUGAUCCUGCAAGCCUCAAGAUUCUCGAGCGCUUGGAUGAUCUGGAAAGGCUGGUCAAGGACCAAAAGGAGUCUCAGGAUACUGUGUUGCCGCCCAUCAGGCCUCUAGAAGAGCCCGAGACGUGCGCCAAUCGACCUGAACAUGAACGACCUAACGCAGAGGACUUCAUUCUUGGCAGUGUUCUCCCGGAACGAGUGGAGCAGGUUGUCACUUGGGCAUGCUUCUCUGAUCACAACCAGGCACCUCAUGCCUCCACUGUCCCUGGGGCCUACUCUCCGAGCAGUGUCGUGGGUACGCCCCCUGUUACCGGGUCGACCUCCCUCGACGACAUGGAUCCAGCACGGCUGAACCACCUCCUCGACAACUUCUUCACCUUUGUGCACUGCAAGAACCCAAUCCUCGACGAGCCCCUGACUCGGAGGCUUGUUCGACGAGCGUUCCUUGACGAUGGCAUCGACUGGUCGGCUGGAUCAUGCCUCUCCCUCAUCAUCGCCGCCCUGGGAUGCGUCUCUGCCCCGUUUGGACCUACCCCCGACAUAGCGCCGGGCAAGCCCGCCUACGUGGACGGGCAGGCCUUCUUCCAAGCUUCACAACGACGGAUAGGUACCCUAUUGGCGACGUCGGACAUUGUGGGCGCGCAGUGCCUCUUCCUCUCGGGCGUCUACUGCAUGACCGUCUUCCAGCCCAUCUUUGCGUGGCGGUACUUUGCACAGGCCCUGGCUGCGUGCCAGCAUUUCCCGUUCCUCACGAGGGCCCAGCAACAGACGCACGCGGACGCAGACUUCUCGGCAGAAGAGAUGGACAUGGGAAGUCGGGACACACAUGAGCAAGCCGUCUACUGGUCCGCCUGGAAAUCCGAACAGGAGCUACGCUCAGACUUGUCACUGCCGGACUUUGGCGUCAGUCACUCGGGCAGCACGCUCUAUCCGCCCUUCUUCCCCACGCCGCCGGGUCCCCAGCUUAGUCUGUCGCCUGGGGCCGUGCCCGAACCUCACGAGCAGAGGGCCAGGAAGGCGUGGCUGUUCUACCUGGCGGAGAUCUCGCUGCGCAGGCUCAACAGUAGGUUGUGUAGCGAGAUCCUCACACUGCGCAGCACGUAUCCCUCGACCAUAACCUUCCUCGAGGUUCUCUGUGAUAUGAUACCCGAGUACGAGGCCCAAGCCCAGGAGUGGGCGGCCAGCCUGCCAGAGAUCUUCUCGGUACACGACACCGACGCUGCUGACGACGACGUCUGUCGCUCCGUGCUUCGGUGUCACCUUGUGAAUCUUUUCGAGCUCAUAUACUGGGCCACCACGAUGGCUUGCCUCAAUAUCCCGGGCGAGGGACAACACCAUCUAUCCGAGAGGACGAGGGAGAUGGGUCGUAGAGGGUUGGAAGCACACGUCAAUCGGCUUCGGUCGAACGAGCCUGGACUGGCGCAUCGCCAUCACGGGACCCUUUUUAUGAUCAAGUGUUGUAGCCGCAGCGUUCUGACACUGUUAGCCGCUCACGAAAGGGGGAUGCAGAUGCCUCCCAGAUGGGGGGACGCCGUGUACAAGGGCUUGGGUAUGCUGCAAUAUUGGGCGCCAGAGGUGCCCGAGGUCGUGCCAUGGAAGUCUACUGUCGAAGAGAGCCUGAACAAGUGGGUAAAUGCAGCGUAUUGAAUGAAUGAUCUUGUCCGAGACUCCUAGCCACUGCCAGAGUGUGGGGAUAAUGAUCAGCAUCAAGGGGGGCCUCCUCGGGGAGUAUCGCUCGUAACACUCCAGUCAACAAAGACGAU